UCUUGAUGUGAAAUUUCAUGAAGAAUUCAAACUUUGUUCUUCAUAGAGAAUCUGAGACAAGGACAACAAAAAGAAUGAGUGUGUCUCUGGUAAAUACACCACAUGGUGUGUUAACCUUCAAGGAUGUGGCCUUGGACUUCUCACAUGAGGAAUGCGAAAGUCUUAAUUUUGCUCAGAGGUCAUUGUACAUGGAUGUGAUGUUGGAGAAUUACAACAAUCUAUUGUUUGUGGAAAAUCAUUGCAUAUGUGGAAAGUAUGGGAAGGUCUUGGAUCAAGACAGCCAGUACAUUGUCCGUGAAUACAUGAAUAUUCAAGAGAAUUCUUCUACAUGGAAGAAGCUUAGCAAUGUGAUUCUUGAAUUCCCCGAUUGUACACCUCACAAAUAUAGUGAAUGUGACAAAUGCUUUUCCCAUGAAUCCCAUCUUAAUAUUCAUCAGAUAAUUCGUACAGGAGAGAAACCUUACAAAUGUAGUGAAUGUGAAAAAUGCUUUACACGAAAAUCCUCUUUUAUUAUUCAUCAGAGAAUUCAUACAGGAGAAAAACCUUACAAACGUAAUGAGUGUGACAAAUGCUUUACCCACAAAUCCCAUCUUAAUAUUCAUCAGAAAAUUCAUACAGGAGAGAAACCUUACAAAUGCACUGAAUGUGACAAAUACUUUACUGUAAAAGACAGUCUGAGAAUUCAUCAGAGAAUUCAUACAGGAGAAAAACCUUACAAAUGUAGUGAAUGUGACAAAUGUUUUACUAAAAAUGGCCCUCUGAUAAUUCAUCAGAGAAUUCAUACAGGAGAGAAACCUUACAAAUGUAUUAAAUGUGACAAGUGCUUUACCCAAAAAUUCUCUCUUAUUAUUCAUCAGAGAAUUCAUAGAGGAGAGAAACCUUACAAAUGUAGUGAAUGUGACAAAUGUUUUACGCAAAAUGUCCAUCUGAGAAUUCAUCAGAGAAUUCAUAGAGGAGAGAAACCUUACAAAUGUAGUGAAUGUGACAAAUGCUUUACCCAAAAAUCCAAUCUUCAUAUUCAUCAGAAAAUCCAUAACGGAGAGAAACCUCACAAAUGCAGUGAAUGUGACAAAUGCAUUAAUGAAAAAGGCAGUUUGAUAAUUCAUCAGAGAAUUCAUACAGGAGAUAAACCUUAUAAAUUUUUUUGUGACAAAUAUAAUACAAUAUCAGUCUGA